GUGUAUCCAAACCUGGAGCGCGUCAUUACAAUGCUCUUGAACUUCUGCCGAUUGUUUAGCGGUCUAGUGUAUUAGUGUUUGGUAUGGUGUAGUUAAAAGUUUCACGGGAAUAUAAUCUUAUAGUAGUUUGAAAAUAUAAAGGGUGUGUUUUUCUGAUUGUGAAAAAAAUAUCUUUGAAACUUUUCGUCGGUAAUUCGUUGUUACAAUGGCUGCGGGCUCCACUGAGGCCGCCUUCACCUCGCCGGCAUCCGCUCUCGGUUGCUUCAAUCCAACAUUACUCAAAAAUGACUCAAACAAAUACUGGAAUGGAGGACAUAUUAUUGCUAUUGCUUCCACCGACGGAUUCUGGGAAGACGAUCCUGAGGAGAAGGUUAAGAAAAAAGUUCUCAACUCCAAGAGUAAAUUCCACAUGGGGCGUCAGUUGCAGAUCAAACACCUGCCGAGGGAUGUAACAGAAGAGGAAAUACGAGAGCUGCUUUGUGACUUCCCCGUACAGAGUGUUCAAGUCAUGAACAGCGGCACAGGAUCUAGUAUGGCGCGGGCGAUCCUUGAAGAUCCCGAAAUGCUAGAAGACUGGGACCGCAACCGGGUUUUCCUCCUGAGGGGACAGUGUGUCCCCGUCACCCCCACUCUCACCGAAAUGAUGUUGUGUGUAGCCAGACUACCUCUCAAUUACACCGAAGAACAGUUCACGACACUAAUCAGUGCUUACGGUGAAGUUCGAAGACAUUUUUUGAUGAUCAGUGAAAAAACUGGUGAGAGUAAAGGAUAUGGAUUCGUGGAGUAUGUGACUAAAGAAUGCGCUCUUCAGGCAAAGAACAUGCUAGACAAAAAACAAAUCGACGCUUGGACGUUAGUCUGCGAUUGGUUAGAUUCAAGUCACGUGACGUUUGAAUCCCUCCAAUCGAAAUGUCUGUAUGUCGACCGUUUACCAAAAGACUUUCGCGAUAUGGGCGAAUUCAGGAAGAUAUUCUCUCCCAUCGUUAAUCCUCCUUAUUGUCAAAUAGCUUUAAAACACGGCUGUCCACAAGACUGGGGCUUGGUGGAGUUCAGCAAUUGGGAAGACGCGGAGGUCGCGCAGUCCACUCUCAACGGCUACACUUUGCGGGGCCAACAAAUUCGUAUCAGCUAUUACAUACCUGGUGUUCAUGCUAUUAAUCUCUACCUCAAACUAUUAAAUGAUCCAGGACCAAAAGUGAAGACUGGGGGUUUAUUACCCGACCCAUCAAGACAAGUAAUCAUCCAAUCUCUUCAGAAUCUCUUCAACCAGAAUCCUAUUUUUGCACAAAAUCUUCAAAAUAUUAUCAUGGGCCAAAUCCAGGCUUCUCAUACUGGAGAAGUAACUGAAACACCGUCUAAGCAGGGUUCAGGACAAGGAACAGCAAAUAAUACCAAAGGUAUAGAUAAUCAGGAUGCUAAUGGAGGUAAAGGAUUCCAUCUAUCCGAAAAAGCAGCAGCAGCGCAAGGUGCUAAUCCAAAAAUCAUCAUUGGAAUUCCUGUUUCUUCACCUCAAGGAACUCAGCCUAAUGGAGGCACGUACUUCCAGCCUCCUCACCCCCCACCAUUGCCUCAAAAUAUUGUGAUGGCAGGAGCUAACGGCGGCAACGGAGCGGGAAGGAGACCAAGUUUGAGUCCAACUGCACCUGGGGAAGUGCCAACACCGCCACUGCAACUGGAUGACGAGUCAUCCUACUGGGCAGGCCUGCUGCCUGGGGCUCUGCGCAGGGCUCACCCUCCAGCAUUCUCCAGGACCUUGCCACCUCAUCGCCUCAAAUCCACGCUGACCAGCACUUCAACAUGCCUCCUCCGUUCAUCCACGAGAGUGUGUCCAAUCUGCCCGGUCGAACUGCAGCAGGGUCUCAUCACCUACCUGGCCAAUCCCACUAAUUGGCAGCAAUUUGUGCAGCAACUGCACUCGGUGGGCCAGGCACCGCCUCCGUUCCCAUUCCCCCUUAACCCCAUGCAACCAGUGGAUGGCGUCGGUUGGGGCAUCCCUCCUGCUGCUAUCCCCCGAUCCAUGAUUCGCAGUCCCAUCCCGAUGGUGCAGCCAAACCAAGCCAUGUUCGCCCCUGCCUGGGCUCCCCCUCCUCCUCCACCACCUCCUCCCCCAGGCUUCCUGCCCCCCUCUCCACCCCAACCGUUGUUUCCUCCGUUUGGCGCCCCGGGAAUCAUCUGGUCUCAGCCGCCCACUCUCAUCACUACAGCUCCUCCCACCAACUCAGGUAUGACUCCUAUUGGUCAGAAUACGGGAAUCACUCCUAUUGGUCAGAAACGAAGACUGCUGCCUGACCCUGAGCCAACCCCCGAGGGCGACUACGUGGGCCAGCACUCUCAAGGAAUCGGCGGACAUUAUGCCGACUCCUUCAAACGCAAGAAGAAGAAUUAAAUGGUCAGGUUAGCCUGCCUAACCUUUUCUUCAGUCUUUUCUAUAGUGAAAUUCACAUUAAAGUGUCAGCAAUCACUAUUAUCAACAUGAAUACUUCCCAUUCAAACAAUGUUGACACUCAGCAUUCCCCAUAAUAAUA